AUCGGACAUGAUGGCGACGAAUCCUCGGCUGGUGCAUGACCACAGUGCCCAAGACAGUGAUGGCGCCUUUACAGCUUUCCACUGCAAUUUGUCGGAACGCGGACUAACGUCGGAGUCGGCUGACCGCGCUCUGAAAGCGUUUCCACAUGCUACGUCUGUCGACCUCAGCCAGAAUUGCCUCGACGUUUGCCCUCGCAUACGCUGUCCUUGCGUCACGAUGGUGAACUUGUCGGUGAACCGCCUAGUGUCGCUAGCAGCUGUGGCAUACCUCACCCACCUCCAAGUCGUCGACUUGAGCUUUAACCGACUCGUAGACGUCGAGCCACUCAUGUUUUGCACAGCGCUUGUCAACGUGGCGUUGCGAGGCAAUCGGUUGUCCAGCACGAAAGGCAUCGAGAACCUCAAGCACCUCGAGCGUCUUGACAUGUCCGACAACGUCGUUGCACAGCCAGAUGCAAUCCGAUCGCUAUCGCUGAACACGAUGCUCUCGACGCUUCUUCUCCAGGGUAACCCCAUUGCUUCCACACCCGACUACCGGGUGUGCCUCCUCGACCUCGUUCCGCAAGUGUCCUUGCUGGAUGGCCGACGACAAAGCCGACAGCACUAUCGAUGCGCCGUCGGCAAAGACACAUCGUCCUAUGCGCACAUGUACGAUGCUCGAAAGCAGUUUCGGUGCAUGCAAGCAAAAGCCCACGGCGUUCCGUCCGCCAAGAGAAAGCCGAGCGCGCAUUGCUUCCGGACAGGCAGCAGCCACGAUGGCACGGACGACGCCGACGCGGCGAUGGUGGUCAACACGUUGAAAUGCUUUUCGAUGGCAGACACACCAACGGCACCACCGUCCCCUCCGACGGCGCAUCCACGAGUUCAUGCAGGGUAUUGCCCCAAGAGCUUGCGCCAAGCGUCUGCAGUACCAAAGUUGAAAGGGGACAAGCACGCGCGGCAAAAGACCGACCUGCAGCACCAACUGACCGACUACCCCGGCUACAUGACCUUGUUUGAGCGCGUGGCAGUGUCAAGUGGAGGUCCACCCGUCGAUGACAAGCACGGCAGCACCACCAGAGCCAAGACGAGCACAGCACAUCCAGUGCCCACCACGACCAGUGCUGCUGGCAAGCCGUACCAGGUGGCGCCCAAGCGGAAGAAUGUCAUCUCGCCUCCCAAGGUCAAGGUCCAACCGAGCAGGAUGCGACGGCAGCUCGCCUUCGACAAGCGCCGUGCCCUCGACGAUCCAUCGUGUGGCAGCCUCAACGAGUCGCAAGUAAAAGUGCUCGGGGUCAUCCAACGUCUCAUCCAGCACAAACGGCAAACGCUCGCGGCGUUGGGCGAAUGAUCUAUUUAUUCAGACAUAACCUCUUGAGCAUAUCUCGAAGUCCCUCCAUUUUAUUGCUUGUACGCAUGGACGGGUUGCAGCGCUCGUCGUUCCUGGACCAAACGAAUCGGCCCAUGCACGCCAUGCCAACACAGGCGAUAGCAGCCUGUUCAAGACGCAUCAACGGCGCCCCGAAGUGGCUCAAUAGGUUGACGCUGCAUCUUGGUCCGACCACGACCCGUCGUCGUCCGACGCAUCGUCGUCGCCGUUGGGACGUUGUAUGUUGUCGUGAGCAACUUGGCGAAUAAAGUCAUCGAACCCACCCGGUUGGGCCAAAUGAUGUACCAAAUCCACCGGCACGCGGUACUGGCCGUACGGAUCUGCAAAUCUGGCGGCACUCUCGGGCGUUGCGACGCGAAAAUCGACGCCGUGUCUGUCUUCGUCUGCGACGAGCGCGCGAUGGAGUUCGUCCCACGUGAACAGCAGUGGAUCCGUCACGGCGCCAAACACAUUCACGUCGAGGAGGUACACGUUGUGGUCCUUGUCAACGUACACGUCAAAGACGUAGUUGGGGUCCGGGAGGACGGACGAUGUCGACAAGUGCGCCUCGAAGAACGUCUCGAUCGCGUCGCAUACCGCGUCUUGGGUUGAGUCGGACGCAAGGAAAUCGUACACUUGGGUGCAGUUGCGCUGGCAAAUGCCAAGGAGUUUCGAAUGGCGGCCGACAAAGCACCGAAAGUGCAUCGAGUCGAAAAAGUUGCACCACUUCUUCAACACCAAAUGGAACGUGUCGGGGCGCGUCUUCCCGACAACGUCUUUGUCGUAGCAUCCGUCGUACGCGAGCGUCAGGUCGUGCACGAUGAAGUCGGACGCCUUGAGCAACGUCAACACGUCUUCGAACGACGUGCAACACAGCGAGUUGCCCAUGAUCCACUUGGCGUCCUUGGGACUACUCCAAUCCAGCUUGACAAACACACGUCCACCCAAUCGAUCGAUCCCGUCCUUCACAGCGCGGACAAACGUCGCCGGGUACAAAUCUUCUUGGGCACAGAUCCGGUCUUCCAGCAAACUCGCGACAAACUCUUCUGGAACCGGGAUCGAGAUGCUGCGGAUGCUGUGGGCGCGCAACUCGUCGUACCACGACGUGAACCGGCAGUUGUCGACCUGUUGCACCGAGUACUCGACCGCCGCCAUGUCGACUGCUCUCGACCGCGCGCCAAGUGUGUUUGUUGGUUGUCCAAGGACACAGUCAGGUCGGAAAUGUUACUUUUUUCAAAUUUCAUGAAAAUUUUCAGGAUAUUUUGAGAAUACCUGCAACGCCACGAGGACGCCAGCCCUUGCGACGCCAACUCGAGAGACUGGACUCGUGGGAACCCCAUAGCUCCUAUGACGCUUCCAUCGCGCAGGAGCCUCGAACUACAGCCGCUGUGGCGACGAGGGGCCGGCCUCAGUCCCACCGCCACCGCUCCCUUCGUCGUCGUGGACGGCCCGCGUUGCUCGAACCCAAUCCAAGCAGGGAACAUUUUUUUUUCUAGCCAAUCCAAGCGCGACGUUUCAAUCGCUGGCGUUUCAAGUUUGAACAGAUUGGCGCGCGGCGAACAUACGCGGCGGCAUCUUCAACGAAUCCAUGUUGCACGACCGAGUCGAAUGCUCGCCGCGCAGCGACGCCUCCCCCCACGACGAGGGAACUCACACGCUCGAGACGAUGGCGAACAGCGCAGUGGAGUUUGCGAUGGCGAAAGAGCUAGGUCCGGAGGUCCUGGCGCAUGGUGGGCUCGAUUGUCCACGAUGGUAUGAUCUCCAGUGACGGGAUAUCGGGCUCGGCAUGGUUUGUCGGCCUGGCGUCAGUUGGUGCUCAUUGUUUCCACGACGGCUCGCUACAACCCCACGACAAGGGCGCGUUCUCACCGACGCGUGUAGCACGCUGUGUGAUACGUUUGGCAGCGGCCGGUGGAUGCCAAACACCAUCAUAUCGGGCAGAGACGCA